AGCAGCCGCUUUUGGGACGCAUGCUUUAAUUGUUGUUCUGGCGGAUAGGGAAGAGGAAUGUGUUAGUUUUCUGGCUUUUUUGUUUUGGUUUCGUGUCGCAUUAGUAUUUUCGGCCGUACUUGUGCAUUUCACAGAAUUUUUAUCGAUUUUACUUUCGGCUGAAAAAUGGAUAGCAGUUCGCCGGUUCUCCCAGGUUCGCAGGGUGUCUCGCAGAGGAGACAAGCGGUUAAAAGACAUCACCACAAGCAUAACCUCCGGCAUCGCUACGAGUUCCUAGAAACGCUGGGCAAAGGCACUUAUGGAAAGGUGAAGAAAGCAGUAGAGACCUCGGGAAGAGUGGUUGCCAUAAAGUCGAUACGGAAAAGCAAGAUAAAAGAUGAGCAGGACUUGAUUCACAUCCGCAGAGAAAUCGAGAUCAUGUCCUCUCUCAACCAUCCACAUAUCAUCGCUAUCUAUGAAGUGUUUGAAAACAAAGACAAGAUUGUCAUUGUAAUGGAGUACGCCAGUGAGGGGGACCUGUAUGACUACAUCAGUGAGAAACAGAAACUAACCGAGCAGGAAGCCCGCCAUUUCUUCAGACAGAUUGUUUCAGCCGUCCACUACUGUCACAAGAAUGGAAUUGUCCAUCGAGAUCUUAAGCUGGAGAACAUUUUGCUGGAUGGGAGCGGGAAUAUUAAGAUUGCAGAUUUUGGGCUGUCCAACCUCUUUCAUCGGGAUCAUUACCUGCAGACAUUUUGCGGCAGUCCCCUCUAUGCCUCCCCUGAGAUUGUCAAUGGACGGCCUUACAGAGGCCCAGAGGUGGACAGCUGGUCCUUGGGUGUCUUAUUGUACACAAUGGUACAUGGUGCCAUGCCUUUUGAUGGUCGUGACUUUAAGAACUUGGUCAAGCAGAUCACUAAUGGAGAGUACAGAGAACCAUCCAAACAUUCAGAUGCAUCUGGUCUUAUCCGGUGGAUGCUAAUGGUGAACCCUGAACGACGUGCCACUGUUGAAGAGAUUGCUGCUCACUGGUGGGUGAACUGGGGCUACCAGCAGCCCUUAUUGGGAGAUAGUGAAAAUGCCAGCAUGAAACAGUUGGCAUCCUCCAUGGCAGAGUCCGCAGCUGGAGGGUUCGCAGUCAUUGCGGACUGGCUACGGCGCAAUUCCCGCCCUCUCGAGAAUGGUUCUAAGGUGCGCUGCUUGCUGAGGCCGCAAAGUGCCACUGUGGUACGCCAGCGCUCCCUGCGCAAGUCCCGCAAGGAAAAUGAUGUUUCUCAGUCCUUGCAGGAUACAAGCUCCUCAAAACCACCAAAAGGAAUCUUAAAAAAGAGGGGAAGCUUCAAGCAGAAACUUGCAACUGAAGCCACUGACUCUGCCAGAGAACUGCCAAGAGAAGAUGACACUUUAGUGGAGAGUAGGAUUGCUGCCCAGACCCCACCUCUGGUCUCCUCAGUCGUCCCAGGGGCUCCUAAAAAGGGAAUUCUGAAGAAGGUGGUGAAGAGGGAAUCUGGUUACUACUCCUCUCCUGAGAGGAGUGAAUCCAGCUGCAACCUCGUUUCAGAGGUUCCUGCCAAGUCUGAAGCCUCAACGUAUGGCCGCAAGGGUAUUCUCAAGAGAAAUGGCAAGUUUUCUUCCAAUUCUCCAUCAUCCUCAUCAUCCAGUGGCUAUGGAUCCCUUGACGAGUUAGCUAUGUGUUCCAUUGACAUACCCAUACAGGGCUAUCCUUCUGGUGCCAUCAGUGAGGACAGCAUCUUGUCUUCAGAAUCCUUUGACCAGCUUGACCUUCCUGACAGGGAUAUAGGCCAUCAGAGACUCUGUGGCACCCCACAAAUGAGAGCUUGUGUCUCGGAGAAUAAUCUGUUGGGGCUAGAGGAAGGUGAAACCAGGCGCCCUCACUUAUGGGACAUGCGUUGCUAUGAAGAGCGGAUCUGUGACAGCAAUUUCUCCCUCACUGACUGUGAAAAUGUCACAGAGGUUUACAAGAGGGCUAUGAAGAUUGGCGGCAGGCUAAGCUGAAAUGUGUAGAAAUUUGGAAUAAACAAUAUGUCCGAGUCUUUAAUUUGUCUGCCAAAGAAGAAGAGAUGCAGAUUAACCAAAGUGUCCUAAUCCCAUGGAAAAGAGACUGGAGAAUUGCAGUGUAAAAGAAAUAACUGAGAGUGUUUUCAGUUGUGUAAAUGAAAAAACGGACAGUGUCCUCUGUUUGCUGGCUUUUAGAGUUUUACUCUCAAGUGGGAUAUGUUGUCAGGAUAAACAUGGAGCAUGGGGUUUGAUUAAAACACUCUAGAUGUAAUAGUACUGAAUUUGUGCCUAAGUUGAACUGCUGCAUUUAGAUAUUUCAGGGAAAAGGAAUGGAUCGAGAGAACUGACGGGAACAUACGGAGGGUUGAUGGACAUAGUGUAGGCAAAGAAUGGCUGAAAUGAGGACCAGCAGGAGAGACUGUAUAUUAUGGGAUGAAAGUCGAGGCGGACUAAUGGUUUGAAUGUAGGGAAGAGGCUGAAGUUCUAGUAAAGGGGUGAAAUGAGAUGUCACUAGAAUGGAUUAUGGUGACACCUUCAUAAGGUGGCCAAGCUUUCCACAUGCAGGCUCUUUGUUGCAACUGAUAGAUUGCAGUCCUGCAUGUUGGAUUUUUAAACUGGCUUAAAGAAUCUCAAAGUGCUACUGAAUGUACCUUAAUUGGGAACCACAUACUUGAUUUUGUUUUUUUUUAUUAUUAUUAUUAUUUUUUAAGUCUCUGAAACAUUUCCAUGCAUUUUGUAAUGUCCUAUUUAUUAUGAAAUUGAUCAUUGCCUUCCAUGCAGGCGUUUGCCUCUCCGGCCUCAGUGUGGCUCAGGGAAAGCUGCAUAGACUCAAGAAGAUGGCUGGUGGGGCUUUCACUGUUUUGGAGGAUCAGGGUUGGGUUUGUAUUGCACACCAGAAAUCUGGGAAAUCCAAAGUGGGUUUGUUUUAAAACGCAUUUUAUUUCUGAAAGACUGCAACUGUGUUUUUGACUUGAAGAAAAAAAAAAA